GCAGCUCAGACUCAACAUCAGCAUCCUUAUUUAAGGGGGUGGGUAUCCGAGAAAUGACUGAGAAUUAAUUGUCAAUAGCCUAGUAACCCUCCGGGAGAAAUAUGGAUGUAUGGCCACCGAACUUGGAAUAGAGAUGUAGUUUCAAGGAUGUCACCCAUCUACAUCUCUCGUUUGUUCCUCUUUAUUUCUAUCUCCGCGGUCUGGGAGGCGCGAGCCAAAUCUCUUUCAGAUCAAGGAGCACUUGAGGUCCAGAUCAGAGUUCAGGUGUUCGACAACAGUGACCUAUCACCUUUGGCCGACGCCGCCAUAGAGGUUCAUGGGAACCGGUCUGUUUUAGCGUCCAGCCAGGCGGGCAGUGAUGGCGUGCUUAGGGUGACCUUCCUGUACCACCCGGGGACCUGGGUCAUCAUCUCAGCGUCCAAACACGACUAUGUCACCAACUCCGUCCCCUGGCACGCUAGCCGCAUCCCUCUGUAUGCAUCGGUCAGCCUGUACCUCCUAGUCCAGAGGCCAGGCACCCUCAUUCUCUACGAUGAUGUCAUCCAGGUGCUGCAUGGAUCCCCAGGUGCACGGAACCAGCCAUUGGUCCAGCUCCAGAGAAAGUCCCUUCAGCUGCCAGCUGAUUCCAACUACACAGCACUGUCGGCUGUCCUGACUACUGCCAGAAGCCAGUAUGAGAUCGGGGGCUUCCCUUACCUCCUGGGCCUGGAAACCAACAGCACAGGGGCGGAGACAGGAUGGACAGACUUAACAGCACUGGCGGUGGUCAGCGUUCAGCUCUUUGACCGCGAUGGGACCGUCAUCCAGGUGUCCGAUCCGGUCCACGUCUCCGUACCGCUGCCCUCGGAUACUCGCACCAGGAUCGCCACCAGCAUUCCCGCCUGGCUGUACCAGCCCAAGACGGGUCUGUGGGUCAGGAAUGGGACUGGCUACAUUAAAAAAGAGGGCACACAACUAAUCUGGAACGUGGUCGUUCCUCAGUUGGGCUAUUGGGUCGCAGCCUUCCCUUCAUCUGCAGGCGUGGGUCUGGGGGGUCACUCGGGCCUGAGGGACAUCACCACCUACCACACCCUGUUCCUGCUCUCCAUCCUGGGCUCGCUGGCCCUGCUGGUGCUCAUCCUGCUCUGUGUGCUGCUCUACUACUGCAGACGGAAGUGUCUGAAACCACGGCGACAACAGGGUAAGCCACACACAGCUCUGAAUAGCUCCAAGCGCGACCAGGGCACGUCCACUUCCCGCCUCAACCUCAUCUGUGGCGGCCACGUUGAAUCCGGUCCAUCCAAUGACGCCAGCAAAUCUGACCCAUCCCCCUCACGAGACUACCAGAGCUCGCGGGAGGAGUUCGCCAAGCACGUCCCCGCCCACAAGCUGCGGCAUUCGAAGGGGAAAGGAGCCUCAGGACCCCAGAGGGGCGAGAGCUUCCCUAUGAAGGUGACCCGCGCCACAGACACCAACAAUCUCGACAACCCCCUGCUGCUGCAAGAAGACUACUCACGGAACUACAGCCCGAUCAUGGAGGACGACAAGGAUUCGGACUACCACAUACGCUGCCACAACGCCAACGACAAUCGCGGCUACACCUCGGACGGGGGCUCCCCACCUCGUUUCCUGUCGGACAAGUCGGACAAGCCUCCCGAGUACUCUGCGGCCGCUGCCGACCACCUGGCCCGCCCGACAUCGCUCAACACACAACCGGGCCAGAUCAUCUUCUGCCACUCCAUGGACCAGAUGAAGGAAAACAUGUACCGAAGCAUGGUGCCCACCUUGGUCAUACCGGCCCACUACAUGCGCAUGUCCUCAGACUUCUCCGGGAAGGAGCAGCAGCAGGAUAAGGACGCGGGGAUGCAGAUGGGUGCCGGUCAGUCACACCAUCCCCAGCAACAGAGCCAGCACCAGCAGCACCAGCAGCAGGGCGGCUCCCAAGGGGACGACUCGGAGGGUCAAAACUGGAACUCGGACCCAUCCCAGGGCCCUGUGCGGAUCCCUGUGCUCUUUAACGACUCCACCAUGGCACAGAUGAAUGGCGAGCUGCAGGGGCUGACUGAGAAGAAGCUCCUGGAGCUGGGCAUUAAGCAGCACCCACGUGCCUGGUUCAUCUCAAUGGACGGCCGCGCCAACCACGUGCGCCAUUCUUACAUCGACGUGAGCAACGACCUCAGCAGCGGCGGAAUUGGUGGGGGAGGCGGCGGCCCCAGCUGCAGCACAAUCCGAGAAGCCAACCUCGAAGGACCCAUGGACGGCACCCAAGAGCGCAAGGCCGCGGCAAUCCGUAAGGGUAAGGACGAACGGUGGGGAACUGGUGGACGGAAGGGUGGUGGCAGUAAGGGCAUGUCCAAGCUGGCAUACCAGGACCACAGCGAGCCCAGCAGCAGCGAGGGCCGCCCAGUAUCGCCCGAGGAGAACUCCCUUACCCCGCUGCUGGACGAGGGGCCCUCGUCGCGAGGCUCCACCAUCCCCCGGAGAGGCCGCAGCCGCAUGAACAGCGCGCGCAGCAGCAACAGUGAGAACCGUCGCGACUCCAUGACUAGCCCAGAGGAUGACCCGGACAGCAAGGAUGAGAACAAGAAGAGCCCGUGGCAGAAGAUCGAAGACCGGCCUCUCAUGGUGUUUCCCCCUAAAAAGUUGUAGGCUAACAUCUCAGGCCCCACUCAUAUGGAACAUAAGAGUUGGUCCAGUAGUCAGGGCAUUAAUACAGCCAUUUUGAGAUACCUAAAGAAACAAUAAAAGGAAGGUGGAGAAGUAGCAUUUGACCGAAAGAAGAAAAGCACAAGCCUGCUUGAUAAUCCGUCAAAUGAUACUAUUGUAAUGACAUUGUAAUGACAGCCUCUUUCAAGGGUUAUUGUGUUUCACAUUUUCGAUCACACUCCUAAUUCCCAUUUCCCCCAAUCAUUCUUCUCCUUGUCUUUCCAAAUCCAUUUUUGAGAUCCCUCUCAGUAAAUUCACCUCUGAGCCACUGACUUUGGAAAUAACCAUCUUAACAAAGAAAACCCCAAUGGUUAUAUUUGGAGAGAACUUACCUACAGUAUCUGGUUGCGACUGAAAUAAUUUGCCCAGUAUUUUGAAUGGACUUGGAAUUUCUAUAUGAGAAAGACAAGGCACUUCGAGGACAAGAUUAACCUCUUCUCUCCUGGACUUGUGUACUACACAUUUAUGAAGGCCAGGGUCAAUUCCAUUUCAGUUCAGUCAAUUCAGGAAGCAAACAGAAACGUGUAAUUUGCGUUUGCGCCCUGAAUUGGCUGAAUUAAAAUGGAAUUGACCAAAACCCUGAUAGAGGCCCACCUUGACUUUUAGUGGUUGUAAUCCUGUCACUUUGGUCACCCUGCUUCCAGGACUAUAAGAAGGAGAUACUGUAUCUCUGUUAAAACAUUAGCACAUAUUAUCCCAAAGCAUACAUGUGUGGAGGUUAUGUGGUUUCUUUCUUUAUGGUUUUCUAUUUGGAGGAUUUUUAUGGAUUGAUAGUUAGUGUAAAUAUCUGUUGAUCUCCAUUUGAUAGGUCGUUCGUACAAUUAUGUACUUUUAAUGUGAAAUAUGCAUUACUCCUUCAGGGAAAUGUAUUUGCAAUUCUUUAUGUUGUAAUGAUUUAGUAUAAUACUGUAAGCCACUUAUCUGAGGGGGGAUCUCGUCCUACAAUUUUACACAUAUUUUCUUCAUUUUAGGCUCAAAAUAAGCAUGUCGUCCUGUUACUUGCCACUGGCCACUUUAUAUUCCACUGUUUUUUCCCCCCCUUUUUUUCUGUUUUUGUGUUUGGAAUGCCACGGUUGCUACGGGAGAUCAUGCUGUCUCAAAGCAAAUGAUGUAAGCAUUUGUAGGCGAAUUUCGAAACUGUAGAAUAACUGCAUUCACCACCGACCUCUGUGACAGUUUUCUGUCCUUUCAAAACAAAAUGGAGGCUGUCUACCAACAGCUGCAACAGUCUCACCCUUCAUCUGCCCCCACCUACCCCCAGGACUACCUGACUCACCACCUGUGAACAGACUUAAUGUCCUCCCUUGUCAAUGAAACCACCAUUACUGAACUCUUGUCUAAAUCCAAAACUACAACCUGCUCCCUUGACCCCAUGCCCACUGUCUUAGUUAAGGUAUGCCCCUGGUUGUCAAGAUUGUAAAUGCAUCCCUUGCAUCUAGCAUUGUUCCUACUCCUUUGAAAACAGCGGCUAAAACUCCCAUACUGAAGAAAAAGGGCCUGGACGCUGAGAUCCUCACCAUCUACAGGCCUAUCUCAAACCUACCAUUCCUCACCAAACUGCUUGAGUGGGUGGUAGCAUCACAAAUCCAACAAAACAUGGCCUCUCAUUAACUUUUCAAACCCCUCCAGUCGGGCUUCUGGGCUAUGCAUAGCACUAAAACUGCCUUGGUAAAGGUAGUGAAUGACCUCAUCUGUGCUGCUGAUGGUGGGAACAUCUCCAUCCUCAUCCUCCUGGACCUGUUUGCAGCAUUUGACACUGUCUGUCAUCAGAUUUUAACUGACCGCAUUCUUGUAGUUUCUGCAGCACCCCUUGCCUGGUUCCACUCCUAUCUAUCUGAUAGACAACAGUUUGUCUCCCUUGGCAACUGCAGGUCUGCCCCAGCCCCUGUAUCACAAGGUGUCCCACAAGUCUCAGUGUUAGGUCCAUUACUGUUUAGUAUUUACAUGCUACCCCUUGGUCAGAUCCUCCGUCAAUUUGGACUCCGAUUUCAUUGUUAUGCAGAUGACACACAAAUCUACAUCCACACAAAACCCAACUCCACUAUGCCACCCCCCUCUGUUGUUGACUGUCUGAAAACUUGGAUGAGCAAUAACUUUUAAAAACAAAACGACGACAAAACAGAGAUCAUGCUGAUGGGCCCCAACUCCGUCAUCAAGAAACUGGGUCAAUUCAACAUGACAAUCAACGGCUGCACCAUCCACUCCAACUUCACAGUCAGGAAACAUGGUGUUACAUUUGAACCCCACAUCCUUAACAUCACCAAGUCAGCCUUCUUCCACCUCAAAAACACCUCAUGACUCAGACCCUCUCUCACUGACCCCACAACCCUCAUCCACACCUUUGUUUUAUCAUGCCUGGCCUACUGCAACGCCAUUCUAUACGGACUCCCCGACAAAACACUGGGCAGACUUCAAAAUUCAGCUGCAUGAGUACUCACACACACCAGACCUUGGGACCACAUCACCCCCACCCUCAUCAAACUCCACUGGCUCCCAGUUCAAUACAGGAUCAUCUUCAAAUUGCUCAUGCUCACCUACAAAGCACUCAAUGGACUUGUGCCCACAUACCUUACUGACCUCCUGCACCCCUACACUCCCACCUGUUCAAAGCGCUCCUCUGACACUGGCCUCCUCACCAUCUCUCGCACCAGGCUCCGCUCCAUGGGAGACUGGGGUUUUAGCUGUACAGCUCCCCAAGGCUGGAACUCCCUCCCUCUCCAUGUCAGAACCUCACAAUCCAUACACAUAUUCAAGUCCACACUAAAUACACACAGGCUUACCUGGAUUAUCUGUUGCCUUAGCUUUUAUCCUCCGUCUAGUUCACUUCCCUGGUUAAUCCGUCAUCAUGUUUAGUGUUCUCCAUGGUUAGUGUACUUUUAUAUACUUAAUUAUUUUAUCAUGUGAUUUUAAUGCUUUUUCAUCCUGCUGAUUCUCGUGUUUGUGUAAAGUGACUUUGGGUGUCGUGAAAAGUGCUUAAAAUAACAUUUAUUAUAUUAUAAUGCUCAUUGACUGAACAUUCCAAAUUACCUUGGAAAUUAUGCAUUAAUGCUACCAUGGCAAUUAUGCAUCACAAUAGUAAUUAUAUUUGCCAGUAACAUUUGCAACCAAAUCAUUGUAUUGUACCUGGUCGCAUAGAGACUUUUAUGGCACCUGUGGAUUCAAAAUGAGUAGCCUAAUUAUUUACACGCCACCCCCCCCCCCCAAAAAAAAAAGAAUAGGAGAGGGGAAUUCCACUUUCACAUACAGUACCAGUCAAAAGUUUGAACACACCUACUCAUUCCAGGGUUUUUCUUUAUUUUUACUA